CUCUGUCAUGGGUAUUUAGGUUGCUUCCAUGUCUUGGCUAUUGUGUAUAUAGCUGCAGUGAACAUUAGAGUACACGUAUCUUUAAACUACUUUUAUUUAGAAAUAAAAUAUUUUAAAGAAAGAACUGAGCUGCCUGUAAAAGCCAGGCUAUCAUAGCAGUGGAGGCCAGGUUCAUCUGCUUUUUAGCCUUGUCAUGUAGAAAAACAAAUUAUACUUUUGUGACACCUAAUAUCAUGUGUGCCUGAAACAUAUAAGCUGUGGGGUAUGAAGUGUCUCACCACUUGGAGGAACUCCCAGAGAGGAGCUCUCACUUGGGAUGAGAGCGGUAAAGCUUCUCUGCCUCAUGUGCUAGUCAUUGAAAUAUUUGCGGGCGUUGUGGGAAAGGACGAAUAUUUGGUUUUCAUAACUAAGGUAUUGGCAUCUGACCACAGAUCGGCUUGACAUAGUACAGUGGUGCGAGUGAGUCCAUAUGCCUCUGGGAUUCUGCCACUUCUUCAGAUGGUGAACCUCAGAGGUGCAGCAUCAUCGCUUAUCAUCUGACAGUUAAUAUACAAGAGAAAUGAAAAGAUGAAAAGGAAUAUGCAUUGAAGCAAAUUGAAGGCACAGGAAUAUCCAUGUCAGCUUGUAGAGAGAUUGCACUUUUGCGAGAAUUGAAGCAUCCUAAUGUGAUUGCACUGCAGAAGGUGUUCCUUUCUCAUAGUGACAGGAAGGUGUGGCUGCUGUUUGAUUAUGCAGAACAUGAUCUGUGGCAUAUUAUUAAAUUUCACCGUGCAUCAAAAGCAAAUAAAAAGCCCAUGCAGCUGCCGAGAUCUAUGGUUAAAUCAUUACUUUACCAGAUUCUUGAUGGUAUCCAUUACCUCCAUGCAAACUGGGUGCUUCACAGAGAUCUGAAACCAGCAAAUAUCCUAGUAAUGGGAGAAGGUCCUGAGAGGGGGAGAGUCAAAAUAGCUGACAUGGGUUUUGCCAGAUUAUUCAAUUCUCCUCUAAAGCCACUAGCAGAUUUGGAUCCAGUAGUUGUGACUUUUUGGUAUCGGGCUCCAGAACUUUUGCUUGGUGCAAGGCAUUAUACAAAGGCCAUUGAUAUAUGGGCAAUAGGUUGCAUAUUUGCUGAAUUGUUGACUUCAGAACCUAUUUUUCACUGUCGUCAGGAAGAUAUAAAAACAAGCAAUCCCUUUCAUCAUGAUCAACUAGAUCGGAUAUUUAGUGUCAUGGGGUUUCCUGCAGAUAAAGACUGGGAAGAUAUUAGAAAGAUGCCAGAAUACCCUACACUUCAAAAAGACUUUAGAAGAACAACAUACGCCAACAGUAGCCUCAUAAAGUACAUGGAGAAACACAAGGUCAAGCCUGACAGCAAAGUGUUCCUCUUGCUUCAGAAACUCCUCACUAUGGAUCCAACCAAGAGAAUUACCUCAGAGCAGGCUCUGCAGGAUCCCUAUUUUCAGGAGGACCCCUUGCCGACAUUAGAUGUGUUUGCUGGCUGCCAGAUUCCAUAUCCCAAACGAGAAUUCCUUAAUGAAGAUGAGCCUGAAGAGAAAGGUGACAAGAAUCAGCAACAGCAGCAGAACCAACAUCAGCAGCCCACAGCCCCUCCACAGCAGGCAGCAGCCCCCCCACAGGCACCCCCACAGCAGCAGAACAGCACCCAGACCAACGGGACGGCAGGAGGGGCUGGGGCCGGGGCCGGGGGUGCCGGGGCAGGGCUGCAGCACAGUCAGGACUCCGGCCUUAAUCAGGUGCCUCCAAACAAGAAACCGCGGCUAGGGCCUUCAGGCACAAACUCAGGCGGGCCUGUUAUGCCGUCAGAUUAUCAGCACUCCGGCUCUCGCCUGAAUUACCAAAGCAGCGUUCAGGGAUCCUCUCAAUCCCAGAGCACACUAGGCUAUUCCUCCUCGUCUCAGCAGAGCGCACAGUACCACCCGUCUCACCAGGCCCACCGCUACUGACCAGCCGCAGCCCAGAGCACAGACUCCAGCAAUAUGAUGUCUGCAUUGAAGAGAACCAAAAAUGCAACUCUGAUGCCGCUCAAAACUCAACCGCUUAGGAGGAAGACUGCAGACUGAGCAUUUGCAGGACUGACUAAUGUCUCUUCUUUAUUGACUCAAAGAAGAUUUUUGUGAAGUUUCCCCAGCACCCUGCCCCUGCAUGUGUUUCGUUGUGACUCCUCUGAGAAAGCAUCUGAUCUAAUCCCAGCACUUCUGUAACCUUCAGCAUUUUUUGGAAGGAUUUCCUGGUGCACCUUUCUCAUGCUGUAGCAAUCACUCUGAUUUAUCUUUUCAAAGCUCUUUUAAUAGGAUUUUAAUGUUUUAGAAACAGGACUCUAGUGGUGUAUAGUUUUAUACUUCAUGAACUGAUAUAGCAACACAGGUAAAUAUGCACCUUUUAAAGCACUACGUUGUUUCCACAGAAUAGAAAUCUUUUGCUCAUGGAAGUCUUAAAUGGGAACUGUUACUGUCCCAAAGAACUUUGCUAUGAUGUUUUAAUUUAUCUAGUUUCAGGGAAGGUCUAAUAAAAAGACAAGUGGUGGGACAGAAGGAACCUGCAACCAAAAACAGCCUAGAUCUUUGCUGUUGCUAUGCCGUGUGCUAUGAAGAACUACAGUAUGUGGUAAUUUUUGUAGAAACAUUUAUAUGGAACUUAGUUCCCAGAAUCAUCUUCUUCUGAAUAGUAUUCAGUAAUUAAGAAUUAUAAUUUUAACCUUCAUGUAGCUUAAGUCUACUUUAAAAAGAGUUUCAAGAGCUUUGAAGAAGUCCAGUCCUCUGGUGACCAACACCAGAAAACUGAAGAGAAUAUUAACUGCACUAGGAUUUCUUUAAGGAGUCAUGUUGAUCAAAGGAUGUAUUGCCUCCCUUUGAAGGAAAAGCUUUUCGUGUGUAUUGUACAUGAGGUUUGGCUUCUCUAAAAGAACUAUUGGUUUCUUCACAUCUGGGUCAGCUUGAGUAACUUUUUUUUUACAUAAUCAAGGGUACUCAAAUAGAAGCCUGCCAAUUAGUCUGCUUUUAAAAUAAAGAGCAGUGUUCUCCAAGUCGUAUUUGCAUUAGACAUAGAGUGACUAUUUUUAAAGCAUGUUAAAAAUUUAGUUUUGUUCAUGUUUAAAAUAUGUAUUAUGUAUGCAUAAUUUUGCAGUUGUUACUGAAACUUAAUUCUAUCAAGAAUCUUUUCAUUGCACUGAAUGCUUUCUUUUGCCCCUAGGAGAAACCUUAAUAAUUGUGCCUCAAAAACUACGGGCAGAUAGUAUACAACCGUAUUAGAAAAAGUGCAUAUUUGCAUUUCCAUGAUCUAUGAAUUAGAGGCUGAGUUCUUUCUUAGCCAACGUAAAGAAGCUCCUCAGAGUCACCAGGAAAUAAAUGUAAAGACUCAGAGCUCCCAUUAUAAUGUACGGGGCAAGAAAUAUGUUUUCUUCCGAAUGCUACUAGCAGCACCAGCCUUGUUUUAAAUGUUUUCUUGAGCUAGAAGAAAUAGCUGAUUGUUGUAUAUGCAAGUUAUAUGCAUUUUUUUACUCUUCUUUGUGAACUUAUCUACCUGGUUAUGAUACUCUGGGUCCAUAUACAAGUAAAAUAAGAUUUUAGAAGCCAGUAUACAUUUUGCACUAUUGAUGUGAUACUGUAGCCAGCAAGGACCUUUCUGAUCUCAGCAUAGUCAUGCUUAUUAAUAGCAAAGACUACAUAGUGAUACUCAUCAACACUGAAGAUGAAACAGUUGACAUGCUCCAUUGGAGGGAAAUUCUGAUGUCUCCAUGGUAAUUUAUACCCCUUCCAUGUUUAAAGAUGAGAAGUUGCUAGCCCUCUGCAUAAUGUAGCUACGGGCAUGAUGUUCUAUGCCGUACCCUGAAGCCCGACUGCCAUCAGAUGCUCUCUACACCCUCACCACCAUGCCCAACAUCGUGCUGGGUGGACGACACAAAGAGCAAGACAUACUUCCUGUCCCUGAAGAGUCUGUGAUUGAUUCCAUGACAGGAAGCUUUCCCGGGAUGACAGGCUUAAAUGAAACUAGCUUAGACUGUGAAGGUCUGUGUAUUUAGCUCUAAACCCACUUGGACAGAGUCAUUAUUUCAAAGUUUGCUCUAUACUGAACCAAGUAUCAUGGAGAGGUUUCUAUGUUUAUCUACCUUCAAGAAAGCCAGCACGUAAAUAUCACCAACAGGCAUGAAUAUAUAUUUGAGAAGUUCCCAGCAGCCUUUCGGCAAUAAUUGGGUGGCCCUUUUAGGCAGAACACACUCAACCAAGGGGUUGUAGGGAAUUACAAUGAAAAUAGAGCUCUGUUCCUGCCCACAGGGGGAGCUUACAUUUAGGAAAAGACAAACGCAAAUAUGUGCAUGAACCAAAACAUCAUCUUUAUAAACACCUGUGAGAUAAAUCCUUGUGAUAUGUGCUUAUAUGAUCACAGGACUACCCUGCUUUCCUUGUAUGCAGUGAAUUUUACUGGCAGAAUCGAUAUGGAAGCCAUAAGGGGGUUUUAUCAGUUGCAGUGUUGUCCACACAGGCUGCAGCCAGAAAUCCCUGUUACACACAUGGCUGGGUUUCUGGUCACUGAAAUGGUACUUUCCUCCUGUGUUCCUGCCUCAGUGUUGGUGAUGCCCACUAGUGCCCAUUACCCGUUGAAAUGAUUUUGGUUCAUCAUUUCCUUUUCCUUGUAAAGGGGAACUAAAGCCUUUAAUAGACUUAUGGGCCCUAAAACUGUGGAACCCCGAAGGAGAGCUGUGAAGCUUUUUGAGAUUAAAAUUUACCUUUUUGGUCUCCAAUUGACCACCUUCUUUUUAAAAAAUGUAUUUCACUGUCAUGUGCCCCGAGAAUGCAGGGUGGACAUCCAAACCAGGGGAGAUAAUGGAAAGGAAGGAAAGAAAGUGAAGGUUUCCUGUGCACCAUAUUACAAACCCGUUUUCCGACUGGCUUUCUGAUAAGGUGUGUUUGGGAAAAGGGAUUCUAGAGUUUCAGGAGAGCCGAGCUCAAGGGUAAGGUAGCUGGCGGCAGAGCUAAUACUAUGAGGCUAAAACAAUCCUUAUGCUGAAGUAGAUCCCGCAGUAACAUACGAAAACCAAGGACAUGUAUAUUUUUAUAUCUGUGUGGUUUUAAAACUUUAGUACUUAGACUUUUGGCCUUCUGCACUACUCUUUUGCUCUUGUAAACACAGUUUCUAUUGAAGAACAGGAAAGGAUGACAUUUACCUGUGUUCACUGCCUCGUUCCGGGUGAAGCAACCGCUAGUUGUAUGCCUCUAAAACGAUGAUGUUUUCUCUGCAAAAGAGGAAAGAAAAAAAAAAAAAAGAGUUGGACAGUAAGACUUGCAGCUUAAUCUGCUUUGAAUAAGUGUAUGUUACAAACUCUAUGGUGAAGGAAUAUUACAUACAUGAAAGUUACAAAUCCUAAACUCUGUGGUAUUAUCUUUCUAGGGAAUGGAGAAAGGCAGUGAAAAGGCAGCUGGACUAAAGGAGGCUUGAAGGAUUCAAGUAUAAAUAAUAUUUUAUAUAAGACAUAGCUGUUUAGGUUUCCUUAAUCUUUGAGAAUAGUCACAAAUAUCAUAAAGCAAAGUUCAUUGUUUUAGGAUUUUUUAAAAAUGUGUUGUACCUAAGGCCAUACUUAACUCUUCUAUGCUAUCACUGCAAAGGAGUGAUAUGUAUGUAUUAUAUGAAAAAAAAAAUCCUUAAUGCACUGUUAUCUCCUAAAUAUUUAGUAAAUUAAUACUAUUUAAUUUUUUUAAAGAUUUGUCUGUGUAGACACUAAAAGUAUUACACAAAAUCUGGACUGAAGAUGUCCUUUUUAACAACAAUUUAAAGUACUUUUUAUAUAUGUUAUGUAGUAUAUCCUUUCUACACUGCCUAGUUUGUAUUUCCCAUAAUUCCCGUGUGUGAAGUGUGCCUGUCCUUGUCUCUUUUUUCAGUCAUUUUCUGCACGCAUCCCUCUUCAUACGAUUAUAGACAUGACUGUAUGCUUUUCACACACUGCCGCGAGGUGUGUGCUCAGAGCUGGCUGCCCCCCAGCGAGGCCCACUCCCAGGGGUGUGGAAUGAGCUGCCGCUUUGAAGCCAAGCGUUUCCUGCUUUUGAGUUGUCCUGACAUCUUUCUUGAAAUGACUGUUAAAACAAAAAUAAAUUACAUUGCAUUUAUUUUA